UCUUUUUUUUUUCACUACCCCAUACUUUGCGAACAGCAAUUGUAACUAAGGUCUUUAUAUAUAAAGUUAAAUAAUAUCGGUAAUUGAUAAAUAAUGUUAAGAAAGAUUUCUCGAAAUGGCUUAGUUAGAGCAUUAUCCACAAUGACUCUUACAUCUAAAGAAGUUUUACUGACUUUCAAUAAUAAAUCAUUAUUAAAAUCUAAAGCAUAUUAUAAUGGGAAAUGGAUAGAAAGUAGUGAUAAUCGAACAUUUAGAGUUAAUAAUCCAGCAUUAGCAGGUAGUGAUGGAGAAUUUAUUGCUGAUAUUACGUCAACAACAAGUACAGAUUUCAAUACUGCCAUUGAAUCUUCAUAUGUCGCAUUUCAACAAUUUAAAAAGACUUCACCUAGAUAUAGAUCUGAUUUACUUUAUAAACUUUAUCAAUUAAUGAUUGAAAAUCAACAAGAUUUAGCAAAAUUAAUAGUUCUUGAAAAUGGGAAAGCAUAUGCUGAUGCUUUAGGAGAAAUUAAAUAUGCUGCAUCAUUUUUUCAAUGGUUUUCUGAAGAAGCUCCAAGAAUUACUGGUGAUAUUAUUCAUUCGGUUGUACCGGGAAAUAGAAUUUUAGCUUUAAAACAACCUAUUGGGGUAUGUGGAAUAUUAACUCCUUGGAAUUUCCCUGCUGCUAUGAUUACUAGAAAAUUGGCAGCAGCAAUUGCUGCUGGUUGUACAGUAGUUGUAAAACCAGCUUCAGAAACUCCAUUAUCGGCAUUAGCCCUUGCUUAUUUAAUUGAUCAAGCAGGAUUUCCAGCUGAUGUUAUUAAUAUUUUACCAACUGAUAGAACAGAAGAAAUUGGGAAAUUAGUUUGUGAACAUCCAUUAAUUAAGAAAGUUUCAUUUACUGGUUCAACAAGAGUUGGUAAAAUAUUAAUGAGUCAAUCAGCUUCAACUCUUAAAAAAUUAAGUCUUGAAUUGGGUGGUAAUGCUCCAUUCAUUGUAUUUGGAGAUGCUGAUAUUGAUAAAGCAGUUGAAGGAGCUUAUGCUGCUAAAUUUAGAGCUAGUGGUCAAACAUGUAUUUGUGCUAAUAGAUUAUAUAUUCAUGAAUCAAUUUAUGAUGAAUUUGCUGAUAAAUUUACUAAAAAGGUUAAAGCUACAGUUAAAUUAGGUAAUGGUUUAGAUCCUACUGUAACGCAUGGUCCAUUAAUUCAUGAAAGAUCAUUGACUAAAGUAAUUGAACAUGUAGAAGAUGCAGUAUCUAAAGGUGCAACUAUUUUAGAAGGUGGAAAACAUCGUGAAGAUAUUGGAGAAUUUUUUCAUGAUUUAACUGUAUUAAGAGAUGUUGUACCAGGUAUGAAAAUAACUCAAGAAGAAACUUUUGGACCCGUUGCUGCCUUAAUUAAAUUUGGAUCAGAUGAAGAAUUACUUAAUCUUGCUAAUGAUACAGAAGUUGGAUUAGCUGGAUAUUUCUAUUCUCAAGAUAUUAAUAGAUUAUUUAAAAUAUCUGAAGAAUUAGAUGUUGGUAUGUUAGGAGUUAAUACUGGUAUGAUAUCUGAAGCUGCAUUACCAUUUGGUGGUAUUAAAGAAUCAGGAUUCGGUAGAGAAGGAUCUAAAUUUGGUAUUGAAGACUACAUGAUUAUUAAGAGUGUUGUAGUUGGGAAUUAAUUAAUUUUAAUUUUAAUAAUUCUCUAUAGAUAGUAUAGU